CCGAUGGCCGCCACCGCCGCUUCCCCUCCCCUCCCCUUUUCCAAAUUGCCAAAAUACGCCUCCCUUCCUCCACCAAAGAGAUCCCGUCGAACCGUCGCGGCGGUGUCCCGCGGCGGCGACGCCCCUGACCUCCGGGUGGUCUUCGCCGGCGGGGGCUCGGGGGGCCACAUAUAUCCCGCCCUCGCAAUCGCCGAUGGGAUCCGAGCCGCCUGCCCGGGAACCCGCAUUGUCUUCCUCGGUACCGGCACUGGCAUGGAGCGCGACCUCGUCCCCGCCGCCGGCUACGAGUUCCUCCCGGUCCCCAAGUCCCGCCUGGUCCGUCCCUUCCUCUCCCCACAGAACCUCCUCCUACCCCUCGCCCUCCUCCGCUCCAUCUUUGCCAGCUGGAAUCUCCUCCGCUCCCUCCGCCCCCACCUCGUCGUCGGAACCGGUGCCUACGUCUCCGCCCCGGUGUGCUUCGCCGCCGUUCUCGCGGGGCUAAAGCUCGUCAUCCAGGAGCAGAAUUGCUACCCCGGGAUCACCAAUAGGAUCCUCGGGCCGUACGCCGAGAAGAUCUUUAUCGCUUUCAAUUCUUGCCUCAAAUACUUCCCUACGGAGAAGUGUAUUGUUGCUGGGAAUCCAAUUAGGCUUUCGAUCGGCCAUGGGGUGUCCAAGGCUAAGGCAAGAUCACGUUUUUUUCCAGAGUCGGGGGAGGGUAGAGCCCAGGCGGUGCUCGUUCUUGGGGGAUCGACGGGGGCCAAUGCCCUAAAUGUCGUGUUCUUGGAGACGUAUCACAAGAUGCUGGUGGAUCAUGAGGACAGGUAUAUUAUUUGGCAGACGGGGGCCGAGUGGUACAACGAGACCAAGAGCCUCGUCAAGAGUCACAGUAGAUUGCUGCUAGCACCGUUUUUGGAUGCAAUGGAUUUGGCUUAUGCAGCUGCUGAUGUUGUUGUUUCUCGAGCUGGAGCAAUGACCUGCACUGAGAUCUUGACAACUGGGAAACCCUCUGUUUUGAUACCAUCACCAACUGCUGCAGAUGAUCAUCAAACAAAGAAUGCUUAUAUUAUGGCAGAUCUAGCAGGAUCAAAGGUCCUAACAGAAGAAGAGCUUGAUUCCAAUUUGCUUGAAGACACAAUUAAUGAAGUCUUAGGGGAUGAGAGCUUGAUGGCAGAGAUGUCUGAGAAGGCAAGGAGAGCUGCAAGGCCCAAUGCUUCUUCAUAUAUUGCCAAAUGUAUUCUUUCCCUUGUUGAGCAAUCCUCUGCAGAUCUUGAAUAAACUACAUCAGAAUAGUUUCCAUAUUUUCAAAGGACUUAAAUGAUUUUUGCUCUUUUAUUCAUUAUUUUCCUUUGUUUAUUAAUGUAGGGGAAAUAACUGUAUUGAGAUGAGUUUUGCCGUGUAGUAAGGUUUUACAAUUGAGCUUUAAGAGUAAUAUAAUUAUUUUGGAGCC